UCCCCAGUCGUGACAACCACAGACGUCCCCCAUGGCCCCUGGGGGCAGGGUCGCCUCAUUCGAGACCCACGGCUGCGGCUGAGCGUGGCAGGAGCUCUUGCCGGCGCCUGGAGAGAGUGCGGUCCUUGGUGGACGCCCUCCCCACAGACUGGGUCAGCGCACAGGCCAGUCCAGAUCCCGAGGACCCUGAUGUUGAGAGGAAGUUUGGGCAGCCAGCGAAGGGGAGCUCACGGUGGACGGGAGAUCGGGCCACGGUUUCUUGUCCGUUACCCUUUCUGACACGCAGGACUCGGGAAGAACCAGGGGAGCCCUUGGCACUGAAUUCAGAGAAGCCUGUCCUGCCUCCCGCCCCAGCCCCGCCGUCCUUGGAGGUGUUCUGAGAAGAACCAAGACAAAACAGCCCCAGAGACGGUCUGGGGGAGACCCAGGGGCCCGGUGACCUUCCCAUCGUGAGCGUCCCGCCCGGCCCUCCCCGUGGAGGCCUCGCGGGGGGCGUCCUGAGCGCGCGGCGGAGAUGUCCAACCCCUUCCUGAAGCAGGUCUUCAACAAGGACAAGACCUUCCGGCCCAAGCGCAAGUUCGAGCCGGGCACCCAGCGCUUCGAGCUGCACAAGAAGGCACAGGCGUCGCUGAAUGCGGGGCUAGACCUGAAGCUGGCCGUGCAGCUGCCCGCCGGCGAGGAGCUCAACGACUGGGUGGCCGUGCACGUGGUGGACUUCUUCAACCGCGUCAACCUCAUCUACGGCACCAUCAGCGACGGCUGCACCGAGCGCUCCUGCCCCGUCAUGUCAGGCGGCCCCAAGUACGAGUACCGCUGGCAGGACGAGCACAGGUUCCGGCGGCCCACGGCGCUGUCGGCCCCCCGGUACAUGGACCUGCUCAUGGACUGGAUCGAGGUGCAGAUCAACAACGAGGACGUCUUCCCCACCAACGUCGGCACGCCGUUCCCCAAGAACUUCCUGCAGGUGGUGAAGAAGAUCCUGUCGCGGCUCUUCCGCGUGUUCGUGCACGUCUACAUCCACCACUUCGACCGCAUCGCGCAGCUGGGCUCCGAGGCGCACGUCAACACCUGCUAUAAGCACUUCUACUACUUCGUCACGGAGUUUGGCCUCAUCGACACCAAGGAGCUGGAGCCGCUGGCUCUGCCGAUGAGUAAACAUGUUUCCAGCGUUAAAGUUACAGUGCGCAUUUUUGUACAUCCCCUCGCAGGCUCUGCCGAGCAGUAAACAUGUUUCCAGCAUUAAAGUUACAAAAGAAAUGACCGCACGGAUGUGCCACUGAGAGCCCCUCGGCCCCAUUGUCACCGAGUCCGCAUCCGGGGGACAGUCCUACUUGAGGGCCACAUCUCCAGAACAGGGACCGGUGUUUUCUAGCCCAGCAAAUUCUGUGCUGUCUGGGCUGCGUCCUCUCUCCGAUCCCAAGGUGGCAGCACCCGUGGGUCUGAGCCUCCCUGAGCCCCAGUCUCCUCGGCCAGCACGGGGGAGAUAGAUAGAACUUGAACUCUGUGAUUCCAUGUGUUAUGAGCAACCGGGAAAACCCACUUCGUUUGCAAACCGCUUGCACCAGCCCGCCUUGCACCAGCCCGCCUACCCGUGGGUGGCCAGGCCCCCGUCAGCGAGGCUGAGACCCCGCAGUGCCCCCCGCUGCGGCCCAGGCCUGGUUCCGAGUGGUACGAGCACUCGGCUUCCGUCCUCCCCGCGUCCUCCCCCCCGACCACUUCCGUCCCGCGGUUCCUCCGGGACCCUUAGGCUCCUGUGCCGGCUUCCCAAGCCCACACCCACAUCCCAGGUGUCCUGGGGCCCCUUCAUGUCGCAUAAAAGAUUGAAUUCGUCUAGUUGCAUUUACGACCACCAUGAGAUGUUACCGAAAGAAAAAAGUUUUUUACCUACAAGGAGUGAUCCCCCUCCCCUCUAGAAAAAUGUCCCCUUUUCGUCGUGAGUAGCAGUAUGAUUCUGCCAGGGAACGCCUCUCCCCCGGUUUGGGACCUUUGAGUUUCGCCGAAUGUUUAGCCGGACUUGGCCUUGCUUCACACGCCUGCCAGCUUCAUAUCGAAACCCUUUGUCAGCGUGGCCCUCCGUGGCUCCGGGACCAAAUCCCAGCACCGUCUCCCCGCAGAAGCUUGGGGGCCCCGCCCGCUCGCGCCCCACCCGCGCACAGCAUCCUCCGUGGCCUUUCGCCGUGGCGGUCCUGCCCGCCUGGACCACACCAGCUCUGAGUACCUCUGGGUGUCUGGGAUGCUCGCGGGGAGACGGAGCCGCCACCCGACACCAACACCCAACAAGUGCAAUUAACGUGACCUGGGCCUCGGUCCUUCCCGAAGUUGCCGGGAUCCCGCUCCCGGAGUCCUGGAAAGACUGCAGGAAACCGCCCGGUCGCGUGUAGCUCCUCUUAAAUGCAGAACCACGACCAAACGCCAUAACCACUGUGCCACUCAGGUCACCAGCCAGGUUGGAAAGGUGGCGGGGCUGGAGGGGGGGGCUCCCCUGCCCACCCUCCAGUGCCCGUGGAUGUUCCCACAGGACCAUCAGAGUAAAUCAUGUGUCUCCUUACCUGCA